AUGUCGUCGACAAGUCGGUUUUCAUUGCGAGCCUUGCAGGCGAUCCGCACUCCGUCUACUCAACGACUCAUCACGACCUCCGCUGUUAGACGGAACACUUCGACACGGAGUGACUCGACGACCCACUCGUCUGCCAACUCUUCCUCCUCACGAAACCUCACUCUCGGACUCCUUGCCAUGGGUCUCGGAGCCAGCGCCUACUACCUUUCCCAACAAGACUCGAACACGAAGGACAGCAGCAAGAUCAACCUGGACGGACCAGCAGCAACCAUCAAAAACGGCAACUGCAUCUACAGCGACCCUCAACUCCCCUUCUCCUACGGCAGCAAGCAAGAUUUUGAAGCAGCCAUCGAAGAGCUCAAAGCCUAUUUCACCUCCCAAGGCGAAGCAUGGGACGACUUUGUCACUACCGACCAAGACGAGCUCGAACGACGUGGUCUCGACGAAAAUGGACAUCGAACUUCCUCUGAAGGUACCAAGCCUUCCGUUGCUGUCUACGUCCGAGACACGCCGGAUGUUCAAGCUGUGAUCAGGAUUGCAAAUAAGUUCCGCAUGCCCAUCGUACCUUUCUCCGGCGGAACGAGCUUGGAGGGUCACUACAUAGCACCGUUCGCUGGUAUCUCGAUUGACAUGUCAAGAAUGGACAACAUCUUAGCGUUCCACCCGGAAGACGGCGAUAUUGUCGUUCAAGCAGGUACAGGGUGGGAAGCAGUGAAUGCGUAUUGUGUAAAGAAUGGAGAUCAGCUUUUCUUCCCAUUGGAUCCUGGACCAGGUGCUACGAUCGGUGGUAUGAUCGGCACAGGUUGUUCUGGAACAAAUGCUGUUCGAUACGGUACUGCUCGCGGGGAGCAUUUCCUUGAUAUGAAGGUUGUUCUUGCCAAUGGUGAGGUCAUUUCGACUCGUGGUGGUGGUCGUGCACGAAAGUCCUCUGCCGGGUUCGAUAUCGGGAAGAUCAUAGUCGGAGCUGAAGGAACACUCGGUAUUGUCACUGAAGUAACACUUCGUUUAGCUCCCAAGAUGCCUGCCGAUGCAGUUGCAGUAGCAUCCUUCCCUAACGUCGAAGCAGCGUCUAAGACAGUCAAUGAAAUUCUCCUCUCCGGUAUCCCAGUUCAAUGCAUCGAACUACUCGACCAUCGGAUGAUCUCCGCCAUUAACUCUUCUAACCUCUGCGGCAGGACAUACGACGAAAAAGACUCCCUCUUCUUCAAACUCAGUGGUGGCGAAGCAGCAGUAGCAGAAGCGAAAGAAGCCAUCACCAAAGCAAGCGUCAAAUUUGGUGCUAAGAAGGAGUCUGUCGAGUUCGAAACGGAUAAAGAACGAGCUGCAAAGAUUUGGGAAGGUCGUAAAGCAGCUCUCUGGGCCGUGGUUGCUACGAACGAAGCACCAGGGGUUAAGGUUUGGACUACCGAUGUUUGUGUUCCGAUUUCAGCGUUGCCGAGGUUGGUGAGAGAGUCACAGGAAGAUUUCCAGAAGUGCGGAUUGACUGGGACUGCCAUUGUGGGUCAUGCUGGAGAUGGAAACUUCCAUGCGUUGAUUCCGUUCAAGGCGGAUGAUCCGGAACAGACUAAGAUCACAACAGAGGCUGUGGGGAGGUUGUGUGAGAGAGCUCAGAGACUGCAAGGCACGUGUACGGGAGAACAUGGCGUGGGGAUGGGAAAGAUCGAGUAUCUUCAAAAGGAGUUGCCUGCGGGAACGGUGAGAGCGAUGAAAGCGAUCAAACUCACUCUAGACCCUCAGAACCUGUUGAACCCCGGAAAGCUGUAUCCUACACCUGAGUUUACGCCUGCUCAUUAG